UAAUGACGAACAUCAAAUAAAAAAGAAACAUAAAAUAGAAUUUUGUUGGUGUUUUCAUUUUGAUUUUUUUCCCCCAAAUUAUUUUCAGUUUUGAUGUUUUAUCGGCAACGAGAACGUUGGCAUUUUUCUAUCACUAUCAUCUAUCAAAAUAAUAUCCAAAUUCCAUAUUAAAAAAAAAGCGAAAAUAGAAAUUAUUUUCUUUAUAAACUAUUCAAAAAAUAAAUCAGUGAAAUGGGAUUGUGUAAAUGUCCGAAACGAUUAGUUACAAAUCAAUUUUGUUUUGAGCACCGGGUUAAUGUGUGUGAACAUUGCAUGGUGAAUUCACAUCCAAAGUGCAUAAUUCAAUCGUACAUUCAAUGGUUAAAAGAUAGUGAUUAUGAUUCAUCGUGUGCAUUAUGCAAAAAUUCACUAGAGUCAGACGAAUGUAUUCGUUUAACAUGCUAUCAUGUAUUUCAUUGGUCUUGUUUAAAUGAACGUGAAUCGGCGUUGCCGAGUAAUACAGCACCCGGUGGCCAUACGUGUCCAACUUGUUACGAUCAAAUAUUUCCGUCAUCAAAUCUUAUAUCACCUGUAGCCGAUGUUCUUCGUAGUCGCUUGAAAAAAACGUCAUGGGGACGAGAUGAAUUUGGAGCUAUUCUGAAACCGAACGCAACAUUUUCAGAAAAUUCAAAGUUAAAUCACGCAUCUAACUCUAAUUCGAAUUCGGGUGUCGAAAACUUGUCGAUUAAAGAGAAUGCGAACACAUUGUCUUCAUCAAGUAUCAAUAAAUCGUCGUCGAUUCACGAAACACCAAAAGACCAUUCCAUCAAUAUAGAUUCAACUGCACCAUACUAUCAAGCAAGUAGUCGCCGACCAUUGCUGAGCAGAGAACCGCCAAUCGGGGGUGUUGACAGAGAUGAAAAUAAGUAUAAAAGACGAACACCGGCAGAAAUUUUUUCCAGGUGGUCACGGCGAUUGUACGUUCCACCAUCUCGUCCACUUUUGCGCCGGACAUGGUUUAUCGUAUUGAGUGGCUUUGUGAUUUUUGUUUUUAUAAUAUACAUAAUGGCUUCAUUAGGUCGACGCAAUAAUAACGAUUCUGAGGAAGAAUUUCCACAUAUGUAAAAAAAAAUUCCUUUUCAAAUUUACCGAAGAAAUACAAACAAAAUGGAUUAUUUUCAAUUUA